AUGGUAGUAGACCAGAGGGUUUCAAGAUUGCAAUCAAGCCUAGAUCCAAGAGUCUCUGGAAACGGAGGCAACAGGUCAGGAGUACAGCAGAAUCUUCUGAGAAGUGUUGAGGAGAGAAAGAAGAGUAUGAUAAGGCCCGUGCUCGGAUCUUUAACCGUCCUAGUAUUUUUGACUCUGAAGAUUCUUCAUCACUACGAGCUCCUCCUCCUCCUAUUGAAGCCAUUAUCAGAGAUAGAGAGAAAUAUCGAUAUGAUCCGGAUUGCGACAGGAGCUAUGACAGACAUGUCGUGGAAUGUCGUGGAUCCUGCCUACAUGUACUUUAGGGUUAUGCCAUCUGGCCAAAGCUUCCUCUCCGGCUACCCUCUUGAAGGAUUCGACGAAAGUGAUGAAGAAGUUUAUUGA